AUGGGAGCCUGUGACUAUCUGGAGACAAUCUAUGAAAAAUGUACUGAACCUACUCAAUCCUCAUCUCCAGUACAAGGUCCUGAUACUGCUGGACUUCAAGGACCUCCUGGUGAAAAAGGUGAAUCAUCUAUUCCGGAACAUAAGGAUAAAGUUCAAGAAAUUUCCAAAGUACAAAAGGAUGUUGCUGGUGUUCAAUCUCCAUCACCUGCUGCUGGUGCUCCUGGUAAUCCUGCUCCUGAAGGAUCUCUUUCUGGCGCUGAAGAUGGUAUAGAUGGUGAUAAAGGUCCUUCUGGUGAAAAGGGUGAUAGAGAACAUGCUGGAGCUGAUACUUCUGAUGCUAGUCUACCUGGUAGAGAAGCUACUGAUACUGGUCCUCAAGUUACUAAAGAUACUCAUGCUUCUCCUGCAGGUCUUCAACAACCUGGUCCUGCUGCUAUGCAAGGCGGCCCUUCUGGUGGAGCUUCUCAUGGAAACUCUUUUUGGGAUCUAAAGAAUACUCUUGGUGUCUUCAGUGGUAAUGGUAUUGUAUCUGGAUUAGUUGGUCGGGCAGGUUAUCAUUUAUAUAAGAGUUCUAGAGAUCCUUGGGUUAGACAGAUUUGA